GAGGAGAGCUUAGAGAUUGAGCGGCGCAAGAGGGAAGUGUUGGAACUCAGUUAAUGCCUUCAACCCGGCGUCCUUGUGCUGCCACAAUGAAGAACAGCAGGACAGUGCAUAUCGGACAAUCUAAAUUUUACUCGGAGUGGAGUCAAGUCAGGUUCAGUGAAAAAAAUUGAAGAGAACUUCCAUUUGAAGUCGCGUCUCUUUAAAUUCUUCUGUUGAUUUGAGCAUGUUUGACAAGAACGGCUCCAAGAUAUAUUUCUAAAAUGUACCAUUUUUAAUCAAACACCAGAGGAGUGCGUCAGUGUGCGGAUGAACAACCUUCUUUGUGGUUUCUCGAUCGAAUUUGUUCUAAAGCAAAUUUAUUUACUCGGGUUUAUUUACUAUUGUUUCCUAAUAGGAACUCCAAAAUGGAUCCAUUGUUCACUUCGACAGAUGCGCCAAGUAACGGGACUAACGUCUCCGAUUUUCAGAAUCGAACAAUUUAUUGGAACCAGUUUGUCCAACCCGUUUGGAGAAUUGUCCUUUGGGCUACUGCCUACAGUUGCAUAGUUAUUGUGUCCGUGGUAGGGAACAUUAUAGUUAUAUGGAUAAUUAUUGCGCAUAAACGAAUGAGAACAGUGACCAACUAUUUUUUGUUGAACCUGGCGUUCGCUGAAGCAUCUAUGUCAGCUUUUAAUACCGUUAUCAACUUCUCCUAUGCCGUACACAACGAAUGGUACUUCGGGCUGGUGUACUGCCGCUUUCACAACUUCUUUCCCAUCGCCGCUGUCUUCGCCAGUAUCUACUCAAUGUCUGCCAUAGCGCUAGACAGGUACAUGGCCAUCAUCCACCCACUGCAGCCCCGGAUGUCCUCGACAGAGACCAGGGUGGUGGUGGUGGUGAUCUGGGUUCUGGCCCUGCUCCUGGCCUUUCCCCAGUACUAUUACUCCACCACAGAUGAGCUUCCUGGAAGAGUUGUCUGCUACAUCGACUGGCCCGAGUACACUGUCUUCGACUUCGACAAGAUGUACCACGUGUGUGUGGUGAUCUUGAUCUACGUGCUGCCCCUGCUUGUGAUGGGAUGUGCCUACCUCGUGGUGGGCCUAACCCUGUGGGCCAGCGAGAUUCCCGGAGACUCCUCCGACCGCUACAGGGAGCAGCUGAUGGCCAAACGCAAGGUGGUGAAGAUGAUGAUCGUGGUGGUGUGUACGUUCGCUGUCUGCUGGCUGCCCUUCCACGUGUACUUCCUGCUCCAUCAGUUCUUCCCCCAGCUGUUUGAGGAGACCUUCAUCCAGCAGGUGUACCUGGCCAUCAUGUGGCUGGCCAUGAGCUCCACCAUGUACAAUCCCAUCAUCUACUGCUGCCUCAAUGACAGGUUCCGCGCUGGCUUCAAGCAGGCGUUCCGCUGCUGUCCAUGCGUACCCGACGCGUCCUACGAGGGACUGGAGCUCAAGUCCACCCGCUACCUUCAGACCCAGACCAGCAUGUACAAGGCCAGCCGCAUGGAGACCACCAUCUCCACCGUGCUCCAGGGGGCCAACGAACCAGAGCCCCCACGGUUAGGGGCAGCAAAGCGGGGGGGCAUGGGCAGGGGAACAGGAGGGGUGGGUUUGCCUGCCCGUCGCUCCUCCUUGGACCUCACCUCCAAUGGCUCGUCAUCUCGGAGCAUCUCCAAGACUGUGUCAGAGACCUCCAGCUUCUACUCCGGCAACAACCUGCCAGAGUAGAGCCAGCUCCUAUCUCCCCGACCCACACGGACCACGCAUGAGCGAGUGUGUGUGUGUGCUUGCGUGCGUGUGUGUGUGUGACUACAUCCCUGUCAGUCUGUUUCCGUAGACAGUGGCCCUGGUGCCCUAACCCUAUUCAGGAGUAGGAGAGAGAAAAGCUUCAUGUUGGAUGUUUCCCAAAUAUGGAUCCAAGCUGAGCGUGUUUGAUAGGGUUAAGCUCUGUACUGUGACAAAGCUGGUUUCCCUCCUAUCCUUCAUAUAACACAAUCAGACCUCAGCCUGAGCACCUCAUCCCAGAGAGACUGGAUGCACCAGGCUUUGAUGGAGAAUUCUUUUUAGCUUUUCCUCACCUCCCUCCUGCAACACAGUGUCACUUUGCACGUACGCCCUACACACACUGCACAUGGAGUUCACAAGCUCCAUUUUUAUAACCAGAGUGUAACUGUCUCAAAUUGCUGCUGGCGUGCUGUGAAUAGUCUCCAGACUUACAGGGUGUUUCU